AUGAAACAAGAUAAAAGUUUUGGGCAUGAGCGUGGAUCAUUUUGUUUAUUUCGUUCUGUCUUCUUGAUUAAAAUGGCUACGGCUACUUUACCACAUGAUGACAUUCCGACAAAUGCCGAUGAUCCAAAUCUUGAAAUUUUCUGUCUUGUUUGGCUCGAUGCUAAUGUGAACGUUAAAGAUUUUCGAGAUACAGAACAAAAACUACGUUCUAUUAUUAAUCGUUUCAAGAAAUUUCAAGAUGUUGAACAAUGUCGAAAAUAUAUUGAACGACGAUCUCAAAAAGAUCGACUAGUAAUCAUUGCUAGUGGUCGAUUGGGACGAGAACUAGUUCCUUCUAUUCAUAAACUUCGACAAGUUAUAUCGAUUUAUGUUUAUUGUAUGGAUAAGAAAAGUAACAAAGAAUGGGCUAACAAAUUUUCAAAAAUAAAAGAUGUUGUUGUUGAUCUUGAUGGACUCAUUACUCGAAUAAAAGCUGAUCAUAAAACUCAGAGAAAAGUGGAAGAACCAUUAGCAAUUAAUAUUUUUACUACAAGUUUUGGCAAAGGUAAAUCAACAAGUGGUGUAAAUGGUAAAUUUGUUUUUUCACAAGUUUUUAUCGAUUGUCUUCUACGAUUAAAAUCAACUGAAACAGAUAAAAUUGAACUUAUUGAUCGUUGUAAACAACAAUAUGAAGGUAAUAGUACUGAGUUAAAAAAUAUUAGCGAAUUUGAAAAGACCUAUUCACCUGAUAAAGUCUUAUGGUGGUAUUCACGAGAAUCAUUCUUUUACAAUACUCUAAAUGCAGUUCUACGCAACGAAAAAUCUCAUAUGAUUUUUUUAUUUCGUUCAUUUAUCUCUGAUAUCUAUCAUCAAUUGAAAAAAUAUCAAAUUACACAACAACUACAAGUUUAUCGAUGUCAGAUGAUAUCAAGUGAUGAACUUGAAACUUUAAAACAAUCAAUGGGUCAGUUUGUUUCAGUGAAUUCAUUUUUUUCUACAAGUGCUCAGUAUACAGCAGCUCUUGCAUUUCUCAAAAUUCAUCAAGUCAAAGAUAAUUUAGAACCAGUAUUAUUUGAAAUUACUGCCGAUCCUAAUGCGGCCACUACAAAACCAUUUGCUGAUAUCAGUAAACUUAGUGACUAUAGUGAAGAAUCUGAAGUACUCUUUAUGCUUGGUUCGAUUUUUCGCUUGAACAGUGUCAAUCGUAGUAGUGAUGAUCGAUUAUGGAUUAUUCAAAUGACUUUGUGUAGUGAGAAUGAACAUGAUUUAAAAAAUGUUCUCAAACAUAUGAAACAACAACUUGGAACUGGAGAAACAACUCUUCGAACAUUAGGAAAAGUAUUAUGGACAAUGGGAAAACUUGAUUUAGCUGAGCAAUAUUUUACUCGUUUUUUGAAAGAAUUUUCACCAAACGAUCCUUUACUCGGUAAUUUGUAUGAUGAACUUGGCGAAUUGGCAUCACAGAGUCGUGACUAUGAGAAGAGUGUUCAAUGGCAUCAAAAAGCUCUCGUAUUCAAAAAUCAACAGCAAUUAACUCCCAAUUCUAAUAUUAAUCAAACAACCAAUGUUACUAAGAUGGCAGCGCCGAAUCCAGACUAUGACAAGAGUAUUCAACAGCCUCAAAAAGCACCCGGACUCAAAAAUCCACAGCAAUUAACUCCCAAUUCUAAUAUUAAUAAACCAACCAAUGCUACUCAGUUGGCACCACAGAACUAUGGACAUGACAAAGGUAUUCAACAGCCUCAAAAAGCUUCCGGACUCAAAAGCCCACCGCAAUCGGCUCCCAUUUCUAAUAUUAAUCAACCAAUCAAUGCUACUCAGUUGACAUCACAGAACCAUGGACAUGACAAGAGUAUUCAGCAACAUCAAAAAGCUUCCGGACUCAAAAAUCCACAGCAAUUAAUUCCCAAUUCUAAUGUUAAUCAACCACCUAAUGCUACUGUAAUAUCCAAUACUUCAGUUAGUGUUCAAUGGGCACAGGAUGGAGUGGUCGUUGCUGGAGGCUAUGGAAAUGGCCAUACCUCCGUUCAAUUCUGCUUUCCUCACGGUCUCUUCGUUGAUGAUGAUCAAACAAUGGUCAUCGCUGAUAAUGGCAACGAUCGUAUCGUUCAAUGGAAAGUGGGUGAUCAGCAUGGAAAAAUGAUGGCUGGUGACCGUGGUCCAGGAAAUCGAUUGAAUCAAUUAAAUCAACCAACCGAUGUGAUAAUCGACAAAGCGACUAAUAGUUUCAUUAUCUGUGAUGGAGAUAAUCGACGACUCCUACGAUGGUCUCGACAGAAUGACACAAAUCAAGGAGAAAUCCUUCUCGAAGAUGUCCGCUGUUAUGGAUUGGCUAUGGACGAUCAAAAAAAUCUUUAUAUCUCUGACACAAAACACCAUGAAGUCAGACGGUAUCAAUUGGGGGACAAGAAGGGAACUGUCGUGGCCGGUGGCAAUGGCAAAGGUACUGAUCUCAAUCAACUCAGCACUCCAACUUACAUUUUUGUCGAUCAACACCAGACUGUCUACGUGUCGGAACGUCACAAUCAUCGUGUGACGAAAUGGAAUAAAGGUGCAACAGCAGGAAUUGUCGUUGCUGGAGGCCAAGGUCAAGGGCAAGCUCUGACACAACUGUCGCAGCCCGAAGGACUCUUCGUCGAUAAGUUAGGUACUGUCUAUGUGGUAGAUUCAUUUAAUAAUCGAGUGAUGUGCUGGCCUCAAGGAGCGAAACAGGGUACUAUCGUUGUCGGUGGAAAUGGUCGAGGACAAGGAACAAAUCAGUUGAAUGGUCCCGUGGGUUUGGCCUUCGAUCGGCAUCGCAAUCUCUAUGUCGCCGAUUGUGGGAAUGAUCGAGUUCUACAGUAUCCUAUUGUGUAG